UAGUGCUGCUCUCCUCUCGCACAGAUGACCUAAACGCCAUUUUUUGCUGGCCUUGCCAGAUCGCCGGCAACGUUGCAAUCGCAACGCACUGGCAACACCAAGCGUUUGCGCGAGAGAAAUUUCUAAGCGUUUUCGGGGGAAAAUAUAUUUUAAACGCCUCCGCGAAAGAGUGUGCGGCUGAAAAACAAUAAAAGCAGAGAUAGUGCAGAGAUUGAUAAAGCCGAAGACCGAAACAAUGAGUGUGUGUGGAUGAGAGCUCGCGAGCUGCUAAUUAAAUUAUAAAACAUACAGAAGCGCUAAAGACGGGCCAAACCAAGCCCACAAUCCCCGCUCGUUGGCCUAUUUCGCUAAAAAAGCGAAGGAACCUUAAAGAGAGAGUGCGAGUGCCAAGAACGUCUGAAAAGCUUUCACCAAAUCUAGUUUUCCUGCUUGGACUCUCGCCCAGGAGCUCACUAUGUAGACUCAACCCAAAUCAUCAUCAUCAUCGUCAUCAGCAGCAGCAGCAGCAGGGGAAAUCUACAAAAGAGCGAAAAUGUCUUUUAUAAACAACCUGAAGAAGGUCUUCCACCUCGGCGGGGGUGAGGCCAAGAAGAAGCGCCUGUACAACAACAUCAAGAUGGACACGGAUCCGGAGGAGUUCUGGGAAAUGGUCGGUGAACUGGGCGACGGGGCCUUCGGCAAGGUCUACAAGGCCCAGCACAAGGAGCAGAAGCGCUAUGCCGCCGCCAAAAUGUGCCAGCUGGAGGACGAGGAGAACCUCAGCGAUCACAUGGUCGAGAUCGAUAUUCUCUCGGAGAUCAAGCACCCCAAUGUGGUGGAGCUGUACGAGGCCUUCUCCAUCGAUGAUAAGCUUUGGAUGCUCAUCGAGUACUGCGAUGGUGGAGCCCUGGACAGCAUCAUGGUGGAGCUGGAAAAGCCUCUGACUGAGCCGCAAAUUGCCUACGUCUGCAAGCACAUGACGGAGGGUCUUACCUUCCUGCACCGCAACAAAGUCAUCCAUCGCGAUUUGAAGGCCGGAAAUGUGCUGCUCACCAUGGAGGGCGGCGUUAAAUUGGCGGACUUCGGCGUCUCGGCCAAGAACAAACACACCAUGCAGAAGCACGACACCUUCAUCGGCACUCCCUACUGGAUGGCCCCGGAGCUGGUGCUCUGCGAAACAUUCCGGGACAAUCCGUACGAUCACAAAGUGGACAUCUGGUCGCUGGGCAUCACGCUCAUCGAACUGGCCCAGAUGGAGCCGCCCAACAGCGAGAUGUCGCCCAUGCGAGUGCUGCUCAAGAUCCAAAAGAGCGAGCCGCCCAAGCUGGAACAGCCUUCGCGAUGGAGCAAGGAGUUCAACGACUUCCUCAAGAAGUCUUUAGUCAAGGAUCCACAAGUGAGGCCCACAACGGAUGUGUUGAUGCAGCAUGGCUUCAUCAACAGGCAUCUGGAUGCGAAGCCCAUCAAAGACCUGCUGCUCGAAUACAAGGCCGAGGUCGUGGAGGAGGUGGUGGACGAUGAGACCGAGAAGCUUAAACGCCAAGUGAAGCGGCGCUCGCUCUAUCAGAGGGAACCCCGCAACUCGGCGCUCCAGCUCGACCUGGACGAUGACUCUGCUUCGCUGCAGAGCCAAGACAUUGACAAACUUCCAGGUACACCUACAUCCAUUUUGCGGGAUGCCAAAGAGCAGUCCCAACCAAGUAGCAGUUUACCAAUCGCAGCAGCGGCAACUGCAGCAGCAGCAGCAGCUACAACCACAACAAAAGCAACAGCAACCACUCCGGACAGACCAAACCACACAAAGGAUGACAAUGCUGAAGCGGCAGCCCAGCAGCCGCCGCAUACCAAAGUGCCAGCUCCAGCGCCGCCGUCGUCGUCCCAACAAACGCCUCCACCGCCAGUCCAGCAGCAGCCACCAACACCACCAGCCCCAACCACAGCGGCCGUGCUGCAAAAGAAACCCGAAGAUGUGGCAGCUGCAACUGAGGCAGCUGAAAAAACCGAAUCCGACAAGAAGCACUUUGUCAAAAAGGAAAAGGGCAAAGCGCCGCCCCCACCGUCUCCCUUGGGUCUUGCAAAUGCCAAGUCGCCGGCCAGCGACUCCCAGACAUCUCCCAAAAAGCAAACCACGCCCGAACCCGCCACCUCAGUCACCACGGCCAUUGAAGUGGCCAUUGGCCAGGAGGCGAUGGAGCCGAAGCCGCAGCCGCCCUCGCCCACAGCCUCCUCCAUUGUGUCCGUGCAGUCGGUGGCCUCUUCCAGCUCCUCGGGCAGCGUUUCGAAUGCUGUCCUCAGCUCGAGCACUUCGCUGAUCACCAUCAACAGCGAUCCACCCACACCGCAGCAUCACCAGCAGUUGCCAGCGCCACCAGCGCAGCAUUUGGUGCUGCCCAACAGUUUGGAGUCUGUGAGCCAAAUCACUGUGGUGACCAGCACCCAUCCGCCGGUGAUCAUCGACAACUCGGUGGUGCCGCCGCCGCAGAACGAGGUGAUCAUUGUGUCCAACGAUCUGAACAAGAGCACCCACCUGCACGAGUCGUCGACGGACGACGACUUCCCCUCGCUGGACGACAGUUUGGGCGAUGCCAGCAGCACACCGCCCCACAAGCAAUCCUCCAUGAUAUUGGCUGUCAAUGAGCCGGCAGGAGUGGUGCCCACUCCGCAAACAGCCUCCACUGUCCACGCUCGCAAGCUGGACGAGAGUGAGGUGUUGAUUGUGAGUCCCUCGUACGCGGAUGAUGACUCCGCCUACAACACGGCAUCCGGCAGCCACAGUCACGAUCACAGCGACCAUCUGAUGGACACGAGCCACGUUUCCGUGGUCACCGUGGGCGACGAGGGCGUCAAGGUGAAGGACAGCAGCAAUGAGUUGGGCAAGCGCCAGCCCAACGGACUGGGCCUUGUGCCCGAGGACGUGAACAUCAUUGUGAACCGAUUCAAGCAGGAGAAGCGAUCGCCGGACAGCUCGCUGAGCGAGAAUGGCUCGGUGCGCGGCCGCCGGGGCAUCGAGGUGCUGGUGGGCGGCAGCGGGGGAUCCGACGUGGACAGCAUCGGCACCAACACUAGUCAGGACAGCCGGAACGAGGUGGAUCACAAUAACAAGCAGCAGCAGCAGCAGCAGGUGCAGCCAGCAGCGGCAGUGCUGAUGCCGCCACCGCCGCCGUCGGUGACGAAUAAUAACCACAGUCCACAUGAGACCAUCAACGAGGAGGAGGAGGUGGUCAUCCGGCCCAAGGCGAGGGUACCGCCCGUGGUCAAGUCUGUGAAUGCCCAAGGCCUCACCAAAGAGGAGAUUGAGCUGCGCAAUCUGCGCAAGAAGACACGAAAGCGCACGCGCAAGUUCGAGAUCGAUGGCGUGCAGAUGACCACCACCACGAGUCGUGUGAUCUACGGCGACGAUGAGAACGGACGGAUCUACGACGACCACGACUUCCGCAAGCAGGAGCUGCGCGAACUGAAGAUGCUGCAGAAGCAGGAGAAGAAACAGCAGACCGAGCUGUACCUGAAGGAGCAGCAGGCCAAGGAGCAGCAGGAUCGUCGCUUCGAGCAGGAGCGCUCCUCGCUGGAGAAGACCUACGAGGCGGACAUGGACAUGCUGGCGCGCCAGCACAAGCAGCUGGUGGAGAAGACCGAGCAGUCGCAGGAGAACGAGCUGCGCUGCACGUCCAAGCGCAUUCGCUCCGAGCAGGAGCAGGAGCUGAAGAUCUUCCGCGAGAACCUCAAGCAGGAGAUCAAGCUGCUCAAGCAUGAGGUGGACCUCUUGCCCAAAGACAAGCGCAAGGAUGAGUUCAAGCAGCGCCGCUCGGCCAUGGACCUGGAUCACGAGGAGAAGGAGCGCGCCUUCCUCGAUUCCCUCAAGGAGCGGCAUGAGCUGCUGCUGCGACGACUCAGCGAGAAGCAUCGCGAGCACCUGGCCUCCAUCAACCGCAACUUCCUGCAGCAGAAGCAGAACGCGAUGAGGACGCGGGAGGCACUGCUCUGGGAGCUGGAGGAGAAGCAGCUGCAUGAGCGCCACCAGCUGUCCAAGCGGCAUGUGAAGGAUCUGUGCUUCAUGCAGCGCCACCAAAUGAUCAUCCGGCACGAAAAGGAGCUGGAUCAGGUGAAGCGCAUGCUGCAGCGCAAGGAGGAGGACAUGGUCAAGAAGCAGACGAUGGAGAAGCGAGCGCUGCCCAAGCGAAUCCGGGCAGAGCGCAAGGCACGAGACCUCAUGUUCCGUGAAUCCCUGCGUAUAUCCACGAACCUAGAUCCCGAAAUGGAACGCGAUCGCUUGAAGAAGUUCCAGGAGCAGGAGAAGAAGCGCUACAUGCAGGAGGAGCGUCGGUUUGAGGUCAAGCAUCAAAAGCAAUUAGAGGAGCUGCGCGCCACACGCGAAAGCGCCAUAAAAGAGCUGGAGCAACUCCAGAACGAGAAGCGCCGGGCUCUGGUGGAGCAUGAGCACUCCAAGCUGUCGGAGAUCGAUGAACGACUGAAGGGCGAGCUGCGCGAGUGGCGCGAACAGUUGGUGCCUCGCAAACAGGAACUGAACCAACGCAUCAAGGUGGCCAUCGAUCAGCACGAGCAGUGUUUCGGCCUGGUGCUCAAUCGCGAGGAGUUCGAGGACCAGGAGGUGAAGCUGCCCAUGCACCUGCGCAACAUCUACAACGAGCGAUCCUCGCGCCUGCUGCCCCGCAACACCUUCAUUGAUCCGCAGCACUUGCCGCGCUCCCGCUCCUCGCUGCUGAUGAUGGGCGGCGGCGGCAGUCGGUUGUCCAACUUCCGCGGCUCAGCGCCAGAUCUCAGCCGCAGUGUGCCCAGCACUCCGAUCCUGCACAAGCAACAGCGAUCGCAGAUGAUCAGCGAUCUGGUGCUGGAGGAGGACGAGGAGCAGUUGCUGAGCGAGCAGAUGAAGCGGGCCAGCGUGACCACGUUGCCGGCCCAGAGCCAGCUGCGCCUGAUCACUCAACUGCCGGCCAAUGAGCUGGUCAAGGUGGUGACCACCACGCCGCCACUGAACAGUGCCGAGGAUGCGAAUGCUGCCAAGCCAGCCAUGAGUACUUUCCGGGGCAGUACACCACCGCUGCCGCCGCCGCCACUGAAAACUCCCGAUGAUCUUGGCCUGGUGAGCAACCGAUUCAGCCGUCUGGAUGCCCAGGCAGCGGCAGAGGCCAGCGGCGGCAGCGGCGGCGUGGAGCUGCGCAUCCACGAGGGACCAGUGCUAACGGCGCACACGCAACGGCUGCUGCACACCACCUCGUUUGCCAUCAAGCGACCCUCGUUGGCCAGUCGCAGCAGCGGCCGAUCCUCGCUGAGCAGUGCCCAGUCGAUGUACAACAUCAACGAGCUGUCCACGCGUUACACCAGCGAUGCAGACUUGAUUUUCGACUCGGGACGCAAGGCGGCCGCCCUACUGGACGAAGUGCAGCCGCAGCUGAGGUCCUCCCUCAAGCCGGACCACCACAGUCACAGGCUCAAUGGCAGCGUGGCAUCGGCGGAUUCGGCCGCCCCCUCGGAUGAUUUCUACUACGACCUGUAUGCGGCCAAGUACCGAUUGCCGAGGGUCAAUCAGCGGCAGCACAGCUGUGAGGAGGAUUCAUCGGCCAUCUAGGACGGAGAAUGAUCCAUUGCGAACAGCACUUGCCACGUUGCAGCAGCCAGUUUCCUAAAUGCACUACUACUAAACACUUACCAGUCAAUCAAACCUGUACUCACACCUACUGACACCGAAUCCACCUGCUUUUCAUUCCCCGCCUGGUGCUGGCUAAAUGCUCGUCCCCAGUAGUCAGUCCCCCCACCCAAAAAAAACACCUCAUCUUGCUAACCGAAUAUGUCUAGCCAUAACUAUUCUUACCUACUAACGCGAACGCGCUCUGCAUCGGAAAUUGCCAUACACUCUGUCUUGCCAAAAGUUGAUUAUGUUUGUUGGAAUUGCUAUGCUAUAUUAUUGAACGAAAAGUGUUUUGUUUUAAUGUUAGAGUAUUUGCCUGACUUGGACCAGCCAUCCGCUUCCAAAUGCAUUCCAUUUAAGCAGUAUUAUCGAAGUACUUAGUAAACGAAACGAGAGAAUAAUAAAGAAGAAUACAAUCAACAUUCCACUUAGCCACAUGCCAAGCAUUUGUGUAGCCAUAUCUUACUCUAAACACUCGUAUAACUAUGAACAUACAAAUAAAUCUUAUCAUAUUGCAAAUUUCAUGAUGCUUCACUUUACACACACAUAUAUAUAUAUCUAUAAACACUCCCACAUGCAAACAACAAUGCGCUGCUAUCGAAAACCAAAAAAAAACAAACAAACAAAAACCAAACCAAACCAAAUCAAAAAAAUCUGUAUCCAAAAA